AUGCAGAAAGCCUCGGAGAACCCUCAACAAGCCACUCGAGACUUUCUGCACACUCCGAUAAUGCGUAUUGCACUUCCAUUCAUUAAUGGUGGAGCUGCGGGGAUGGUUGCAACAUGUGUCGUUCAGCCCAUGGACAUGAUCAAGGUCCGGCUCCAGCUCGCCGGAGAGGGAGUCAAGACUGGCCCCAAGCCGACUCCAGUCAGCGUUGCAAGAGAGAUCAUCGCCGCGGGCAAGGUCCUGGACCUCUACACUGGCCUGUCAGCAGGUCUUUUGCGACAGGCUGUAUACACGACUGCUCGCCUUGGCUUGUUCGACACUUUCAUGAAGUCCUUGACCACACGCGCAGAAGGUCAGGGUCUAUCGAUCGGAUUUCGGGAGCGCGCAGCAGCUGGUCUGAGUGCGGGCGGUAUUGCAGCUUUCAUCAGCAACCCGGCAGACUUGGCCCUGAUCCGGAUGCAGAGCGACGGUCUGAAACCCAAGGCAGACAGGGCCAACUACAAGAGCGUCGCCGAUGCUCUCAUGAGGAUCACAAAGAACGAGGGCGUACGUCGAUUGUGGGCCGGUGCCACUCCGACUGUCGUAAGAGCUAUGGCAUUGAACUUUGGUCAGCUAGGGUUCUUUUCCGAGGCGAAAGCAAGGCUGAAGAAGAUGGACAACAUGGGCCCUCGCGCCCAGACUCUCACUGCAUCGGCCGUUGCGGGAUUCUUCGCAUCAUUCUUCAGUUUGCCGUUCGAUUUCAUCAAGACCCGUCUCCAGAAGCAGUCCCGCGGCCCGGAUGGCAAGCUCCCGUAUAAGAACAUGUUCGACUGCGCGAAGAAGGUGAUCCGGGAUGAGGGUCCGCUCAGGUUCUAUCGUGGGUUCUCGACAUAUUAUGUAAGGAUAGCGCCCCAUGCAAUGGUCACGCUCAUCGUUGCAGACUAUCUCAACUUCAUUACGAAGUGA